CGUCUCCGCCAAUGUUUUUAAAAAAGCGGCGGUUGCUCCUCCACCUUUUGGUUAAUCAGUAGCUACUAUUUCUUUACCGGAGCUCUCCAGCAUAGUAACACAACGUUAGUCUUUCUUUGUUUUAGUUUUUUUCCCCCGACGAAGUGAAACACGUAGGAUCCUGGUGUUUUACAGUAAAGUUGUGAGCUCCUUUACUGCCCCAGGAUCAUGCACAAGCAGCAGUAUGCAGAGGAGCGAGACCUUCUGGGUAAACUGUGUCCUGGGGAGAAGCAGCUGGAGGGGAAGACCUUCUACCUGGACAAUGUGAAGAAACGCUCAACCGCCCUGCUUUUGGAGGCCAUAUCUCUUCUAGGAGGGAGGAUCGAGAGUUUCCUGCACAAGGAUGUGAACUUUGUUGUGACUGGAGGCCAAGAGAGUCUGAAGGAGGAGAGGUGUGCGGUUACCAAAGGAGGGGCAAAGGGAACAAAUGAAGAAGACCGACAUCCAGUUAAGCGGCAGGAGAGUGUCCUCAGCAGUGAAAAACAGCGACCAGGAACUCCUAGACCAAUGGCUUGUGGCAGCCGGGGGAAGGCUCUGCUUGAAAAAGCCAUUCGCAACAAUGAACGACUGCAGGGGAGCAGUGUUUUGGCCAAUGCCCGGUCGUGGGGAGUGAAGAUUUUGUAUGUGGAUGAUGUGCUUUUAUAUCUGAAACAACUGACUCGAGAGAGCUUCAGCAUGAAACACAAGAGGCAAGAGAGGACAUACACCAAACAACAAGGUUCUCAUGUUGUCAAAGCUUCUGCUCUAAGGUCUCCAUAUCUUAAAAUUGAAGACUUGAGCAGGAAAUACAAGCCCCUGCAUAUACAGUCUAUGACCUUCCCGUCUCUGUGCUACUUGGGCCAAUUUAGCCCCUUUGAAUCUCCACCUCCUCAGUUUGAAAACCAGACAGAGCACGGAGAAAAUAAAACAAGGGAAAAUAAAAAAGUUGAAAGCAGCAUUCAGGACAAAUCCCAAACCCCAGUCAACUGUAACCCCUCACCAUGGCGUCCACGCAAAAAGGACGCGUCAUACUGUGAAUGCUGUCAUCUGCCCUUUACUAAUCUGGAAGAGCACUUACAGUCUGAUCAGCACCGCAUGUUUGUGCUGGAUCCCUCCAACUACAGUGUGGUGGAUCAACUUGUGGCUGAAAUGCUUCCAGGAUUCAACCCCAAUCCAUCUCAAGAAUCAGAAGAAACCUUGAACAGACCACCAACUCCUUUGCCAAUCCAGGACAUCUGUGAACUGGAGCCUCUCACUGAUGUCGAAACGGAGCGUGCUGUUCAGGCCCUGCACAGACAGAGUUCAUCAUUCAAUACUCACAUCUCCAGCCCUGCUAGGGGUCCUUUUUCCAUUCGCCCCGCCAGCCCAUCACCAGGAGUUCAGUUUCCCAUCCCAAGUCCAGCCACAUUAUCUGCUGACAUCCUGUCUUUCACUCCUACAGAGUGCCAGUUCCCUGAUAUCCAGCCUCAUGCUGCAAGCCCAGCCAUGCCUGAAUUGGAUCUUGAACCACAAGCCCAUGCCUCAGCCAGCCAACAGCCACCCCCCUGCUACGAGACCCAGUGUCCAUCCCCUGACCCUUACUCCCUGCCCCCAGUCCUCAGCCCAAAAGUUCCUUAUUCCUCCUACAUUGUGGAGCCACACAGCCCGUAUUCAGAGCCUCCUAUCCUUAGUCCUCAACAAUACACUGCAGAGGAAGCUGUGGAAGAAGUCAUUUGUGAAAUGGACACUGCAGAGAGUCUGUCUGAGUCUGUCUCAGCUGUCACAGUUCCUGUCUCCAUCCCACGUCUUCCCUCUGUGACUGUGACAAAUGCAGACGAAGUGAAGAGAUCAAACCAUGAGGGUCUUUUAAUAUUCAGUGGGAUCAUAUGUUCCAGCAGUGGUUUGGAGUGUGACAAACUGGCUUCACGUAGAUCCCGAUCCCUGCCUCGACAGUCAGCUAUGGCGCCAAACCUCAAAAAACGCUGUCGAUCAGCCAGCCCUGAACACAGCUGCAGCAAAAGGAGGAGGAUUACAGUGAAAUUUGGCUACAACUUUAAAUGGACCGAACAAGGACAUAAAUCAACAAAAUCAAAAAGUGAAUUUAUGGCAAAGUCUGAGAGCUGUUUAUUAUUAGACAAGACCUCUUGUCAGAUAAUACAGUGCUGCCCUCACCAAACGGUCUCUUCAAAAUGCACUAUGGAAACACUUGAUUCAAAACAGGCUUUUACCACAUUUUGUGUUCCCACUCUACAGAAUUUCACUUUGGCACCAAUUCAAACGGACAUUUUGGGUCAUAGUAGAACAUCUGUAGCCACUCCGUCAAAAGCAAAGACUCGUGAUAGUCCACUUCAGUUCCCCAAGGAUAAAUCUCUCAGUGCGUUUUCCAGCCAAGACUCUCAUCGUUCAUCAUCCCACUCUACCUCAGUGUGCAUCGAGUCAGCCCUCAUCCCAGACUUAGCCGCGCUGUCUCCUUCAUCAUCGGACUCUGACUGGGACUGUGACCUGCUGUCACGGCUGGGCCCGACCUCGGCUACACUUCUGUCGCCCACUGAGCAGAGCUGUGAGCUUGACAAGGAACUCCUCCACAGGCCAUGCACCUGGAUGCAGGACACCAGCUAUGAGUCACGUCUGCACACUGCCCUUGAGACGUCCACCCCAGCAACCUCACUAUGUGGGGAGGAAAUAGACCCCUCAGUGUUUUCCAGGACUGUGGUACAGAUUGUUGAGGUUCAGCACUGACGAUUAUUUUCUUGAUAAUUUAAAAAAAAACAAAACUGGAAGACACAUAAGGCACCCGGAGUAGUAAGUCUUUGACUUUACAGCUGCAUAUCCCAUCUCAAGAAACAAUGGCCAGCAAUUGAGCUCUUCAAAAUAAGUCACUGAAGUGUGUACACUGAAUAAAUAUUUAAAAUUUAGUGCAAAUUAACAUGUAUAACUCAGCUGUUUUGAGACACGCAUAUUCGUAGUCUUUGUUGUAGUAGAUGCAUAGUUGAUGCUGGACAUCCCAUGAAUUUAAACAGCAACCAUUAUCAUUUUUACUCUCAAUUCCUAAUUCUCCUUGUGUGCAGAACCCCAGCACUAUUCUGUACAUUGUGCUGACUGCACUCUUUCAGCAGCUAUAUCCGGGAACCUAUGGUUUUACUGAGUAUUUAAUGAGGCUUUUCUGAAAAGGACAUUACUCAAUUACUGUAAGUGCUGCGCCUGGAUUAGAUCCCGAUUGCACUGGCGUUGAUGGUCAAACAGGCGAGGCGUUAGUAGAGUGGAAAACUCGCACAACCUGGGAGACAAACUGUCUGAUUAAUGUCAAACAGCUUUUCCUGCCUUUUGAAGGUGGGCCAAAGGACUGUCAUAGUCAAGGGGAGACGAGUGCUUCGCAGUAGUGCCCUGCAGCUAGAGGGAGGUUUAUUAUCUUCACUUGUCAGUUUUGAAAUGUAAGGUCACUUACCAUUAAAAACUCACCGUUGCUCAUCAUAGCGGACAAAACUCAAAACCUCAGGUUGCACAGAAAUCAAACCCUCUUCUGAAUGUAUAAUGUGGACAUUUAAAAUACAGAUGCAAAACGGAACAAGUAAAGAGAAACAACACAUGAUUUCAGUAUGUGGAAGACAGGCAGUUCUCUAAGGAAAAUGUGAAGUAAAGUCUUGUAAAGUGUUUUUAAAUAAAUGUUUUUAACCCUAAA